GCUAACUAUGCUCAGAGCCCCAUGUCGGAGGUCCAAUAACACCCGGAUGGACGCAUGUUUUUACCCCAGACUUAUUAUCGAGGCUCGGUUGUGUUUGCACCGUUAAACCAGCUCGAAGAACGCACCGGAUCUCCUUCAAGUUACCCGCAUAACAUGCAUUGGAUUUGUCUUUAUCCCAGAGAGAAGCAGUGAGGCUGCAGCACAACAGCAGAGUUACCCAUGCUCUGACACACACUGGUCUGGAAACAGGAUGGACCAUUUACCAUGUCUAGCGCCCCCUUGUGGUGUGGAGGAAUGAGGGCGUCUGGAUGAAGGCCAUGGAGCUGAAAGUGUGGGUGGACGGAGUUCAGCGCAUCGUGUGCGGCGUCACUGAGUUCACAACAUGCCAGGAAGUCGUCAUCGCUUUGGCACAAGCCAUAGGACGCACCGGCAGGUACACUCUGAUCGAGAAAUGGCGUGACACAGAACGCCACCUGGCCCCGAACGAGAACCCCGUGGUGUCGCUCAACAAAUGGGGUCAGUAUGCCAGCGACGUGCAGCUCAUCCUCCAUCGGACCGGCCCGUCUGUCAGCGAGCGGCCAAACUCUGACGGACAAACCCGGUUCCAAGAGAGAGGAUUUUACCGCCAGAGUCUGCCUCCUCUGGCCAAACUCCGGCCCUCAGGGAACGACAGCUCGCUCAAACGAAGGGAACCCAAACGCAAAUCCUUGACUUUCACCGGGGGGGCCAGAGGUCUGCGGGACCUGCUGUGGAAAAGCAGAGAUACUGAAGCCAAACAGCCGCAGCAGCAGCAGCGAGGUGUGAGUCUGAACCUGUGCAGGGUCGGAGUUGUCGGAGGUGUUGGAUCUCCCUCUGUGCCGGGGAGUCCCUCCGGAGAGAUGAGGCGUCUCGUUCAGCUGCAGAGAGACAAGCUACAGGCUGUGGAGAGCCGGCUGCUGGGGUGUGAGGCCGACCUGAGGGACUGGGAGGAGGUCGCUGGAGAGGCUGGGGACGGAGGCAGCCUGGAGGAGGAGCUGCAGAUCCUGGAGCAGCAGGUGAGGAGGAACGAAGCAGAGAUGGAGGAGGAGGUGUUCUGGCAGAACGAGCUUCAGAUCGAGCAGGAGAGCGAGCAUCAGCUCCGGCAGCAGCUGAGCGAGCUGCAGGUUCGUGUCCGGGACUGUGAGGCCAAACUCUCAGAGUACCUGGCACACAUUCAGGGCAUGGAGGGAGGUCUGGAGCAGGAGCGUCUGCAGCAGGAGACUGAGCUCCACCAGAGGGUCAACGAGGAGGAGGUGCAGAACCAGCUGGAGAAGGUUCUGUUGGAGCUGGAGGUUCAGAGCGAGCACACGUCGAGGCUGGAGAGCAGCUGCCGGGCUCUGGAGCGCUCGCUCAGCCAGUCAGGCCACAGACUGCAGGAGAAGGAGCAGGAGCUGGAGCAGCUGACUAAAGAGCUGCGACAGGUCAACCUGCAGCAGUUCAUCCAGCAGACCGGCACCAAGGUCACCGUGCUGCCUGCCCAGCCUGCAGGGGACAACGAAGUGGACUCUGGUUCUCUGAAGAGACUCGGCUCUUCUCGGCUGUUACCCAGCGACCUGCGAGCCCUGAGCGCCGGGACGUCCGGACUCAACCCUGAAGGCAUCUACGUUUGAAACUGAGACAGGAUUUGAGCAGAAAAUGCUGAACACUCUGGAGCAAGGCACUGAACGUUGGAAAACACAGUGCAUGGAGGACAAGUGAGGUAUCACGAAUAACAGUUUUCCAUCUGCUCUGCAUCUCUCCUCCUCUUCCAUCUCACUAGCGACACACACUGAGGCUAUUAUCCAUCUGCAAACUAGCAUUGAAUCUGUCUGUAGUGGAGUGUGUGAGUGGAUAUUCCUCUUAAAUCACUCUCGUUCUACUAAAGCUACAAGAAAAACCAGCCAGCAGAAUCCUGUGUUUCCUGAGGAGGCUUCAGCAGACAUUCAUAUUUGUUUCAAAUCAUGAACUCCAGGAUGUUUGGACACACGUAAACAUGAAUCAUGCACGAGCAUGCACCAUAUCUGAUUGCCUUACUGGUGUUUUUAAACCAGACAUCACUGAAACAGAGCUCAAGGUAUCUCUAAACUAUGCGCCGUUGGAACAUUUCAGGUGAUGGUAACUGAUGUCAGUAACACUCAACAGUGGCUCCUUUUCCUUCACACAGGUCGAUUUUAACCAGGACAUUUAAUCAUUUAUCAUUUGUGUGUGCGAAUGUUUGCCUACAAAGGAGAAAAUAGAUGGAGAACAUCAACUAAGGGACAUUUUUGGUGCAUUGCCAUCGGUCUCCUCUGUGUUUCACUCAAAGAAAGUGAUGUGGAAUGACAGAGGUCUUUGAGCAUGCAGAGUUUAUACUCCUUGAAAAGUUUGCCAAUAAAGGCUUCAGUCUGACCACCAGGUGGCGACAAAUCAUAUAAACUGCAGCUGAUGAAAGUUAACUAGGAAAAGUUGCUUUGUCUUUAUCGAGUUUUUUUUAACAAAGCCUCAGCAUCUUACACACAUUUCUUUUUCCCAUCAGAUUUUUUACUGAACAAAAGAUGUCUUAUAUGAACCAAAGCUAGUGUGAACAACUAUAAUAGUUAGAUGAAUGUACUUUUUUCAUAUGAAUGCAACGUGGAGAAUAACUAACUUCCAACAGUACCGGUGUUUUCAUGGUUUUUCGUCUGUCUUGUUCAAACUUGACACAGAAAAAGAUGAUAGUAAAACUCAGACAAAUUCUUCAAACUGUUCGAUAACAAUUCCACAAAAUACUGGGUGUUACCGCAUGUACCCGUUUCUAUUUGAUCCUUUUCUCAACAGAAGAGAAAAAGGGAGAUUUCUUGCUGGCUUUCUGGGAUGAACUGAUUCAAACUGUGGGAUUAUACGGGCUCAUUUCAGAGUCAAUACGGUUUAGAUCUGGAAAUCAUUUCAAAGUCUGUGGUUAGAAAAAACCUCUUUGUUAAAGGGAAUUGCAAGAAGGUCUUAAUAUUAUGUUUGAACAGGACUUAAAAUGGUACUUAAGUGUGUGUGUGUGCAUACUUCAGUGUCACGCACAGUGUGGGAAUUUGGAGUUUCAAACAGUUUUCUGAUUUAAAUCGGAACUCAAAUGCUUCCAAAAAUAGCUCUUUUUGUAUAGUUUGUAGGACUUUUGGUCAAUUGUUCACAUACAUUUCUCAUACUUAAACUCAUACAUUAUGAUGUACAAUAAUAAAUAAACCCACCUAGCACCAUAUUAAGUGAUUCAAACCAGCUCCACUUUUACCAGCUGCACCAUACGUACAUUAUGCAUCAUUAUUUAUAAUACAAUAUAUAACAUAAUAUUCAGAAAUGGGUCAUUCUGCUAUAUGAUACUUUUCCAUUGGUACUUUGCAUAGUUACAGUAUAUAGUUUUGCAAUUAUUAGGUUUGAAAAAAUCUAAAUAGCUCCAUCACUGACAAAUUAAUCAUGUUUUUCCGGCAUCUAGAAAUCUUUAAUACUUAUUUUUACAAACUUUAAUCUCUUAUGCACAUUUUUUUUAUACAACCACAGACUUUGAAUUAAAUCAACAUGUUGACAAAGUGAAGGUAAACGGCACAAAUUGGCUAAAAACUAUUCUCAGAAAUGCAGUUUUUGCUCCUCUUCCCCCCCCCCUCAGUAUCCAGUAUUAUCAUCAUGGCCCUAAAACAGAGACCGUAACCCACGAAUAAAAGAAUCCCAGCGCUUUGUUUUUUAAUAACGGCAUGCCUUACUGAAAAAAGAACCUGUAAAUAAAGUCUACAUAUCACGUCAGUCUUUGGAUUGAAGUCUGAAAUAUGCAGUGUGCUGGAGAGGUUACUUUUUUAAUAACUGUUCGAUACACAGCUCUGUGUGCAUGCAAUAAUGUCUGAUUGAUUUUUCCUUGACUUCAAAUUAAUUGUUACCUAGGAUGCAACAAUACAUCUGAGAAUCAUUU